AAAAAGUGAAGCGCAGCAUGGCGACUCCCAUGCACAGGAUCAUCGCCCGGAGACAAGCAGAGGCGAACAAACAACAUGUGCGUUGCCAGAAGUGUUUGGAGAUGGGACACUGGACCUACGAAUGCACAGGGAAGAGGAAAUAUGUGCACAGACCCUCGAGAACAGUCGAGAUGAAAAAGAAACUGAAGGAGAAUGACGACAAAGUGCUCAGCAUCACCGGAGCAGGAACUGAAGGCUCUAAUGAGAAGAAAGCUAAAAAGAAGACUAAAGACUCCAGCGACAGCAGCAGUGGCUCCGACGGUUCCUCCAGUGACUCAUCGUCAGACAGCAGCGACUCCUCCAGCUCCUCUUCAGAUGACAGCGACAGCAGCAGCGACAGCGACGAUGACAGCUCCUCCUCGUCGCCCUCCUCCUCCUCUUCGUCCUCAGACAGCUCAGACUCGGGAGGCAGCAGCGACUCGGAUCAAGGUCCUCCAAAGAAGAAGAAAAAGAAGAAAUAGACGACUGAGUGGGAUUUCGUGAUUUCCCCCCUAUCCCCACCCCCCCUCACCCUGAGUACAUUUUUAGCUGUCCACUUUUCUUUUUUCUUUUUUUUUUUCUCAAACCCAUCACAGCUGGUUUGAUCUGCAUGGAUAGGGCUGGGAAUCUCACAGCUGCUUACUUGCUUGUACAGUUUUGUUAGUAGAGGUGGACAAGGAUGAGAAGAGGAAUUAUUUUGAGGUUUAAAUGUGCUGUUUUCAUAAACCCCAUUUCCCUAGUGACUUCUCCUAAUGUGAUAUUUUCUCAAGAUUGUCAGUCUACUGAGGAGGAUAUAUAUAUUUUAGAUACAAGGAGGAAACUAGUGUGUUCAGUAAUGUUGGAUCCUGUGAUUUUUGUACUAAAGUAUAUUUUUAGGCAAACUGAAUACGUACAGCUCAUAACAUCAUUAAGGCAACAACACACCUAGUAAUAUAUAGACAUUAGUAAAAUACAUUUUAAAGGAUACAAAGUGAAAUUUGUUCAGUUAUUAGUUUGUUAAAAUUGAAAUGGUCUUGUCGCUAUACAAUUCAUUGUUUCACUGUAAAAUAAACUUUACUUGUUUUUUGC